AUGAACAACGUCAAUUCAAGCUUCAAUAUGACUGACGCAUAUGAGUCAACAGAGCAUGUUUAUUCUUUGGGUAUAGGUGGUCUGGUCAUACUGGCCAUAACCCUACUCUUCAAUUUCAGGCAGUCCGAUAUUCCCGUUAUCAACAAACGGAAAUGGUACGAAUUUGGAACCGAAAAAGCGGUGCACCGAUUCAAUACAAAUGCGACCAAUUUAAUCAAGGAAGGCAUAAAAAAGACCCAGUCCGCAGCAUUCUAUCUCUUUGCGGAUAACAAGUAUCGAAUGAUAUUGGGGCCAAAAUAUGCCAACAUUAUUCGUAAUGAUACUCGAAUGAGUUUUCGAUGGUGGAUUUUUGACGAGCUUCAUGGAAAUUUGCCUGGCUUCGAGCCCUUCAAAGAACUCGCACAUACUGGAAUCAUCAAUGACAUGAUAAAAACAAAAAUGUCGCAUUCUCUGGAUGCGCUCACAGAGCCAGUGGCAUCUGAAACCGUGGCUUCUCUUAAGACAAUUUGUACAGAAGAACAAGAAUGGCACACGCUUAAGUUGAAACAGGCCAUCGCAGCAAUUGUCGCCCAGGUGACAGGGCGAGCGUUUCUCGGUCAUGACUUCUGCAGGGAGCCAGCUUGGCGAGAUGACAUCGUGAGAUGGUCAUAUCAGAUGAUCACAGCUGCCAGAGAGUUACAUACUUGGCCGAAGUUCCUACGACCUAUCGUUGUGUGGAUUUUGCCUUCAUGCAAGAAACUUCGGGAGACGGUAGAUGUUGCUCGUCGGAACCUUGAACCGGUUAUCAAGGAGCGCCAUGCAACGAUAGCUGCUCGAAAAGAAAAAGGAGAGAGCGGAGAAACAGGUUCAUGUGCACUAGAUUGGCUGGAGGAGGUUGCUCAAGGGCGUCAGUACGAUCCCAUUGCCAUGCAAAUCUGCCUUGCAUUUGUUGGCAUGGAUACAACUGCCGACUUGGUUUUCCACGUUAUUUCAGAUCUGUCGCAGGAUCAAGAACUAAUCAACGCGCUCAGGGAAGAGAUAAAGUCUACUAUGGAGGGCAAAACUUUUACCAAACAGGAGCUGCAAAAUUUGAAGCUUUUAGACAGUGUGAUCAAGGAAAGUCAAAGAUUGCGGCCAACUGGAAAGGUAUCAAUGCAUCGCAUCGCGAAUGAGACCUUGAAAUUACCGGGUGAUAUUCAUGUGCGCAAGGGGACAUACCUUGGAAUUUCAACCACCCACAUGAUGGACUCCUCAGUCUGGCCUGAUGGCGAGCACUUUGAUGGAUACAGAUUUCUCAAGCUGCGACAGAACCCAGAAAAAGCCAACACUGCCUUGCUUGUUUCCACAAGUCCUGAUCAUUUGGGUUUUGGGUAUGGCAAGAUGGCAUGUCCUGGCAGGUUUUUUGUUGCAAACGAAUUAAAGAUAAUUCUUUGCCAUUUCCUGAUGAUGUAUGAUUUUCAAAUUACAGAGCCGUAUGAGAAACAUUCUGGACUCUACGGCUAUAUGACAUCGCCAAGCUCCGACACUGAAAUCACCCUUCGACGGCGGGAUGCUUCUUCUGGUGAUGCUUGGUGA